AUGGAAUCUUCAAAACCCGUAGAUUUGAGCUUCACAACGGCUUUACCAAAGAUUGAGGUCCAUGCCCAUCUCAGUGGAAGUAUCAGCCGGCAAUGUCUGCGAGAGAUAUGGCUACAGAAGAAGGCAGAAAAUCCAGAGUUAGAUAUAGUGGAUCCUUAUGUUGCAAUGCCUCCAGGAAAGGUGGAUUAUACACUCAAAACAUUCUUCCAGGUCUUCGGAAACCUGACCUACCAACUCUGCGCUGAUCUGGAAAGUCUCAAAUAUUCAACUCGAACCGUCAUACAUGACUUCCAAAACGACGGAGUCAGCUACCUCGAACUACGUACAACCCCGCGAGAAAACACUCAGCAUGGAAUGUCGAAAGAUAAGUACAUAUCAGUCGUUCUAGAUACGAUUGACGAAUGUCGAAGUGAUCAGAUGUCAACCUACCUCAUCAUUUCUGUAGACAGAACUAAACCGGCUUCAGAAGCCAUGGUAGCAGUAGACCUGGCUGUCAAAUAUCAAAGUCGGGGCGUAGUAGGAGUGGAACUUGGCGGGAAUCCUACGAAAGGAGAUGUCUCGAUAUUCAGACCUGCGUUUGCCAAAGCGAAGGCCCAUGGCCUCAAGUUGACCCUUCACUUCGCCGAAGCAAUAUCGUCCUCAUCCAUUGGCGAGCUCAACACGCUCCUAUCCUACCAGCCAGACAGGCUCGGUCAUUUAAUCCAUGUCCCUGAGGCUAUCCAGGAUGAAAUUGCCCGUCGAAAACUCGGGCUGGAACUUUGUCUGUCGUGCAAUGUGCAUGCCCAGUUGAUUGAUGGAGGGUUUGCAGACCAUCACUUUGGCUACUGGAGACACAGGGCUUGUCCGAUUCUACUUUCGACGGACGAUGUUGGCUUCUUCUGCAGUCCCUUAUCAAACGAGUAUCUCAUUGCGGCUGAAAAUUUCAACCUCGACCGUGCUGCUGUGAUUGAGAUAUGCAAAAGAGCGGUUGGUUCUAUAUUUGCUGGGCCGGAGGAAAAGGAAAGGUUAUAUAUGUUACUACUCCAAUUUGAAGCUCAGCAUAUGUGA